AUGCGACGAGGUCGAGCCAUCCUAGAGAGGAGGUCACUUCCUUACUCGACUUCAACUCAGGUUGGGAUGACUGCCUUCACCAUUCCCCGACCCAGUCGUUCCCCAAGGGCCUCGUCUGUUCCUCGGCCUGCCUCUUCUGCUUGCCCCAGGGCCGCACCGGCUUCCCGACCUGCCUCCUCUACGCGUUCCCAGGCCUCGCCUACUUCCUGGCCUACCUCCUCUACUCGUCCUCGGACCACGCCUACUUCCCGACCUACAUCAUCUAUUCCUCUCCGACCGGACAUUCCUUCCCCCCUUACUUCUGGCCCUGAUCGUGGACGUGGUCGAAGAUCAGGCAAUGUAACUUACGUCAGCCCUGCCUUCAGAGAAGCAUCUCAGGCGGAUCGUCGAGCACGUUCUGUAAAUGACCGCUCAAGUCGGGAUACACCUUCUUCUUCUCGGCGCAGGGCUCGACUGCCUUCUGAGGAUUCUGAUUCGAACGAUCAGCCUUUAGCUCACAGAGUUCGUCGGAGAACUACCACUCCUAGACAAGACUUGGGCCCUUCUCCUGUUCCUCAUCCUUCGCCUCCUGUUGCAAUCACCACUCCUAUCACAAGCCAAGCAAAUACUCCUCCUGCUCCUCCUGAGGUUCCGGCUGAGCCACCACUAGCUCAACCUUCAUUCCCACAGCCUCCUGCUCCUCCUGAGGUCUCGGCAGAGCCACCACUAGCUCAACCAUCAUUCUCACAACCUCCUGCUCCUCCUAAGGUCCCGGUCGAGCCACCACUGACUCAACCUUCAUUCUCACAACAGCACUGCAGCACCGAAGCAGGCCCCUCACAUCACCCUUCACCAACUACCUCACCUCUAGAGCCUUCCCAUGUGCCCCCUUCAGCUCCCUCUGGCUCAGCUGCUGGUCCUUCAUAG